GAAGCGUAUGCCAACAUCCGGUAGUUUAUUAUACCUCUCUAUUGCUAAAAAUCCGUACCAGCCAUCAUGUUAUCCUCAAAUACAGCUCUCACCGUUGCCAAGUACGCUUUGGGCGCAUCCGUGACGGCUACAACAUUGGCAAUAGGUGGUUUGUGGUACUUCCAGCGAAGCCUUAUCUAUCCUUCCGGAUUUCCAGAAGGAUCUAGGAUUGUCGUCCCUAAACCGAUCGAAGUGGGAUGCCCAUACGAAGAUGUAACACUCACUUGCUCAGAUGGAGUUAAAAUCAAAGCCUAUGUCAUUAUGGCAAGAAGGAAACCACUGAUGAUGUCUGAAUUGAGAGGACUUUCCCCGGCGGAACGAAAAGAGAAAGCCCAGAUGGAAAUGGAGGCCUGGGCACAAGAGAUGGGUGAUGAAAAAGCCAUUGAAUAUUCUAAAUCAAGGCCAACGAUUAUCAUAUUCCAUGCCAACGCAGGUAACAUGGGUCACCGUGUUCCAUUAGCCAGACAUUUCAACGUCGACUUUAAAUGUAAUGUAUUCAUGUUAAGCUACAGAGGGUACGGUCUUUCGGAAGGAAAGCCAUCCGAGUCUGGUCUCCAAAUCGAUAUCCAGACAGCUAUGAAGUACGUUCAAGCCCACCCUAUCCUCGGACAGACAAAAAUCAUUCUUUACGGGCAAUCACUUGGUGGCGCCGCCUGUUUUUACGCCGCAAGUAAACACCGUGAUACUGUGGCCGGGGUCAUUGUUGAGAACACCAUGCUUUCUUUCCAGACCCUUGUUCCUCUCAUCAUGCCUCAGAUCCCAAGGUUUCUCUUACCGAUUCUCCUAACGGAGCAUUGGGACGCCCAUAAAACUGUCCCAUUAAUUCCUUCCACGACUCCUAUCCUUUUCCUCGUUGGUAAGCGAGACACGCUUGUCAAAGCUGAACAAAUGUUGGCGCUGCGUAAGCUCCGUGGUUCAGGAAUAACAAGAUGGCGAGAGUUUGAUGGAGAGCACAACGAUACUUGUUUGCAACCAGGAUAUUGGGAGGAAAUUGGGAAAUGGUUAAAGGAAGAGAUAGAGGAUGAUGGAGUGGAAGUCGUUGAUCAGAACGACAGAGGGGAAAAGAAUUCACUGAAAGUCACAACAGAAGACGCGGCGCUGUAGAGAAGAAGAAGAUAUUGGGUACGAACUGGGGUGACGUAUUUUCACGGCCGCAACGAACCGCUCGCGAGUGUAAUCUUUGGGAGCCGCGAUACAGCAGCAGUAUCCUGUCGUCGUUACAAAGGAGCAUCUAGUAGUACUUCACCUCUUCUUUCCGUACAAAAUGCCACAGGAGUGAUGGAUAUAAAUAAAAAAUAGUUAAUUAAUGAUGAAGCGGCCGUGUCCGCAUUCUGCCAUAUGGUUAACUAUUUAUGUAAUAAUUGUUAUUA